AUGGCACCCACCGGUGCUUUACAUACGCUGGUGGUCAAGAACGCGAAAGCGUUCAAGGCUGCCUGGCGUCAUGCUGCGAAGCUCAUACAGAAUCAGCUGCCUGCUGGUUCACGCCCAACCCAGUCACAACUUCAACCGAUUCUUGUCCGAAACACUCCCACACACCCUAUACACCGCAUUGCGUACCUGAAGCAGAGCAAAGGGCGCUGGUACACCACCCACAGCAACAUCUCGGCUGUCGUACGACGAUUUACCACCUCCGCAUCUCGCACCUCGGGCGUCAAGUCCGACAAGUCGUCCUUCCCCAAAUCGCGCAUUGGUAGCAUCGUCGUCUCUCAGGCUGGUCGCGCACCGUUCGCUUCGACCCUGCGCCCAAACCUUACCGGCGGGACACUGGGCCGCACAGCUGGAGGCUAUGGCUGGGGCCCUGGUCGAGCAGGCGGCGCUCGAUAUUUCUCUCAUGGUCCUGCAGCACCUGCGCAGGUCAUCAACAACGUCUCACAGGCUGUCCGAGCCUUCCUGGUCUCUGGCCAGAAGGCACAGUUUGACGGCAUUGACUCACACCGAGGUGAGAAGCGAUUCAAGGCUGUUACUGCCCUGCAGGAUCAGGUUAACCGCACCCUCAACAAAAUUUCCAAGGCUACACCCGGCUCAUACGUCAGCUUCAGCAUCAAUCCUACCGUCACCGCCCUUACCCCUCUGAAGGCAGUCAAGGGAUUCGCCGCCUCGCAAGAGAAAGAGUCGCUCAAGAGCGAGGGUCUUUUGGACAUCCUUUCAGUCGACUUCAGUCGCGCCGUCAAGGAACUUGCCGCAGUCCUGAAAGAUCUACAAAGAUUGUCAGAACUCGGUGAUCUACCCAUUACUUACGAAGAGUCUGCGCUCAAGAUUCACUUCCCCGGUUGCGACCGUGACACGGUGGAGACCAUCUGCAGUGACUUCGAGGUACAGCGAGGCGUAGUCCACCAGGAUGAGGAGUUUGAUGCCUUUGUUGGUACUGAGAUCGCUCUUCUGUUUCCCUUCGCCUCAAGUAGGACACCGUCUGAGUGCUCGUUCUUCGAGAAGGCAGUUGCUGGCCGUCAGUACGUUCAGCCGAUCGAGUGGGAGCAGAUGCUCUCGCCCUCUGUUCUCAGCUCGGAUGCGUACUCGAUGCAUUCGGAAGAUGGCUUUGACGAGGUCCUCGAUAUCGAGGAAGAACUUACUAACCCGUGGCUGUCAUCUUCGUUGCCUUCGGGCUACGAGUCGUUGCGCACGAGUGAGGCAGAUGAGAUAAACUAUAAUGCGCCGCUUGAAUACCAAGGUAUCGAAGGCAUGUACAGAUUUAUGUCACACUGCCAGACGAGUGUGCGAUAG